AUGAAUCUGCUGCCCUGUCCACCCUGUCCUCCUAGUCCACCAUGUCCUCCUAGUCCACCCUGUCCUCCUAGUCCACCCUGUCCUCCUAGUCCACCAUGUCCUCCUAGUCCACCAUGUCCUCCUAGUCCACCCUGUCCUCCUAGUCCACCAUGUCCUCCUAGUCCACCUUGUCCUCCUAGUCCACCAUGUCCUCCUAGUCCACCUUGUCCUCCUAGUCCACCAUGUCCUCCUACUCCACCUUGUCCUCCUAGUCCACCAUGUCCUCCUAGUCCACCUUGUCCUCCUAGUCCACCUUGUCCUCCUAGUCCACCACCAUGUCCUCCUAGUCCACCAUGUUCUCCUAGUCCACCAUGUCCUCCUAGUCCACCAUGUCCUCCUAGUCUACCACCAUGUUCUCCUAGUCCACCAUGUUCUCCUAGUCCACUAUGUCCUCCUAGUCCACCAUGUCCUCCUAGUCCACCACCGUGUCCUCCUAGUCCACCACCUUGUCCUCCCAGUCCACCAUGUCCACCUUGUCCACCUAGUCCACCAUGUCCUCCUAGUCCACCAUGUCCUCCUAGUCCACCAUGUCCUACUAGUCCACCAUGUCCACCACCAUGUCCUCCUAGUCCACCAUGUCCUCCUGAUCCACCAUGUCCUCCUAGUCCACCAUGUCCUCCUAGUCCACCUUGUCCUCCUAGUCCACCAUGUCCUCCUAGUCCACCUUGUCCUCCUAGUCCACCAUGUCCUCCUAGUCCACACUGUCCUCCUAGUCCACCAUGUCCUCCUAGUCCACCAUGUCCUCCUAGUCCACCUUGUCCUCCUAGUCCACCAUGUCCUCCUAGUCCACCAUGUCCUCCUAGUCCACCAUGUCCUCCUAGUCCACCCUGUCCUCCUAGUCCACCCUGUCCUCGUAGUCCACCAUGUCCUCCUAGUCCACCCUGUCCUCCUAGUCCACCCUGUCCUCCUAGUCCACCCUGUCCUCCUAGUCCACCCUGUCCUCCUAGUCCACCCUGUCCUCCUAGUCCACCAUGUCCUCCUAGUCCACCAUGUCCUCCUAGUCCACCCUGUCCACCACCAUGUCCUCCUAGUCCACCAUGUCCACCACCAUGUCCUCCUAGUCCACCAUGUCCUCCUGAUCCACCAUGUCCUCCUAGUCCACCACCAUGUCCUCCUAGUCCACCCUGUCCUCCUAGUCCACCAUGUCCUCCUAGUCCACCCUGUCCUCCUAGUCCACCAUGUCCUCCUAGUCCACCCUGUCCUCCUAGUCCACCAUGUCCUCCUAGUCCACCCUGUCCUCCUAUUUCACCAUGUCCUCCUAGUCCACCAUGUCCUCCUAGUCCACCAUGUCCUCCUAGUCCACCUUGUCCUCCUAGACCACCCUGUCCUCCUAGUCCACCAUGUCCUCCUAGUCCACCCUGUCCUCCUAGUCCACCCUGUCCUCCUAGUCCACCAUGUACACACAGAAGCGGAUAG